CACAUAGGCCGCCACUGCCAAGACUGCCAAGAAAAUGAAUGCCUCUCCAGAACUCUUCGUCGACAUCCCUAGCAAGCGCAAGGUCCGCAUUUGCUACCAAACCUUUGGCGAUCCUGCAGACUCGGCCGUCAUUCUCAUUGCGGGUCAUGCAGGGUCUAUGCUCGACUGGUCUGAUAAGCUCAUCCCCCUGUUCAGCCCUGAGGUCAGUCGACACUUUAUUAUUCGAUAUGACCAUCGAGACACGGGUCUUUCGACCGAGUUUCCCGUUCCUGGGGGGUACACCAUAUUAGACAUGGCGGACGAUGUCGAGGGUCUAGCCAACCAUCUUGGCCUGAACGAGAAGGGAUUCCACGUCGUCGGGGCCAGUAUGGGAGGAGGUAUCGCAACCCUGGUUGCCGCGCGCAGACCCCAACAGGUCAGGAGCCUGACUUUGCUGUACACAUCUCCCGGCCCAAGCGAGCAACUGCCGGUCAAAGACGUACUCAACCUUGGACUCCAACCAACAAUCGCCGGCUUCGGAGACGGGAGGGACACACACAUCAGAAACGGAAUCAUCCUUUACAACGGCCUCACAACUAAAGAACCCUCACCAGAGGAGAGACAGCGGUUCGAAGCUGGGAUCGCCCGGGUCGUGGACAGAGACAUGCGCGGAGGCACGCUGUACAGCAAGCAUGCAAACCACGGUGCCGCAUCUUUCGGUCACUGGCCUGGAAUCAAGCCAUUGAACGAAAUUAAGUGUCCGGCUACUGUGAUUCAGGCUGCCAAUGAUCAGAUCUUUGGUGUGGAGCAUGGAGAGACUUUGGCAAGGGAGAUUGAAAAGGCUGAAUAUGUCUUGUUUGAGGACGUUGGUCAUGAGUUGCCGUGGAGGGUUUGGAAGCCAUUGGCGGAGACGUUUUUGAAGACGUGGAAGAGAGGUGAUGAUGAGUGGGCGGAGGGAGCAGAGAGCAAGGAAUAGAUGAACAGGAGUAUGUAAGCAAUGUAAUAGAUGCUCCGUUAGAUAGAUAGCAAGCAUGGCCAAGGAGAUGUUU